AUGGCAGAGGGGGACCUUGGUACCCUCAAAAUCACCCUUACGCGCACGAACUUGGACGCGACCGAAAGUGUCGGUGCAGUUCAUGCGCCUCUGUUUCCAGGAGUGAAGUUCGAGGAAUGGUGGUUGCUGGUCUACGACAAUCGUGGUCGAAGGAUGAUCGCGACAGACCUUGUUUUGGGCACUGGCAGAGAGUGCAAGAGCAAUGUGACGUUCAUCGUUCCACGUCCCGGCGACUUCAGCUGGACUGUCCAUGCAAUGUGCGACUCCUAUGCAGGCCUUGACGUGCAGUGCGACGUCCACUUUCGGGCUGCAAAGAAGAGCGAGGUGGACAGGUCCAUCUUCGUCCAUCCAGAGGAUGCAGAGAUUCGGACCCUCUUCGAGGAGCUCAUGUUGGGAUUGGAUCAGGAACAGGAGUCUGACUCAGAGGAGGAGGAAGAGCCAGCAUCCAGAGAACAGCAAAUGCAAAAGCGAGAGGCCAAGAAGGCCGACAGCAAAGAGCCGGAGGCGGUCUCGGAGGUCGCAGUCCCUGAGCCUGAGGCCACCGCGAAGGAGCCCAAGGAGAGCAAGGAGCCCAAGGCCGGCGACGGUUUGUCAGACGAGGAGGACGAGGAGGAACGAGCAGUGCCAGAGGGUGUGUUCGUGCGGAUUGUAGACACCACGGGCACUUUCCUUUAUCGCGAGCCGGAUGAGGAUCCAUCGAAGCGCGUCGGAUCUGUGCCAAGGGACACAGUUCUGCGAGGCUUCGUUGAGGGCAGACCAGACGGCUGGAUGGAGAUGGCCACGGGCACCAGCCAAGGAGUUUGGGUCAAGUUGGAUGGCGCGCUGAAAACGGAUCAGGAGAACGCCGUUCCUGGACAACCGGUUGAGCGCCUUGCCGGGCUGACGAACCUCAGCCUCUCUGAUCUGGUCAAGGCCCAUGCUCCCGUGGUCCUGCUCAAGCGGUGGAUACGCCAUGCGACCAAAGAAGUCACGGCGGAGGACAUGCUUCAGGUGCGCGAGAUUGAUGUUGCACGGGCCCGGUUCUUGGCAGAGGAUCUGCUUUAUCGACGCCUGGGAGCUGAGAAGUUCUCGAAGCUCUUGGAUGAAGCAGACGUGCUGACCAAGAAGUUCCAGACUCGCAUUCAGAAAGCCCGAGGCUUUUUUCAAACAGCCAAUGGCAUCAUCUGGCACGUCACCCCAGAUGGGGAAGUCAAGGGACUACACGCAGAUGGUUCCCGAAUCCGAGACCGAGUGCGGGUUGCUCCCGACGAUACGCUGCAGAUUGGGCCUUUCCGGCUGGAUGAAACGCGCGGAUGUCACUGCAUCCAUUGGUUGCGGAAGGAUGACCCUGACAAGUCUUGGAACUGGUCAAGGGACAACACCCUACGCACGCGAGUGCGGCUGGCCACCGGUGAGAGGGCGUAG